AUGUGUAAACACAGAACCACUUCUUACUACAUCACGCAGAUUCUGACGGGGCAUGGUUCGUUCGGAACCUUUACUAAAAGAAUCCGUAAAACCGAGGAUGACACAUGUAAAGCAUGUGGGCAAAGGGACGACCCGGCCCAUGUCAUCUACGAAUGUGCGAGAUGGGGUGAGGAGAGGACCAGACUGAAAGAACAAUUAGGAUGUGACUUGCCUACGGCAACCGAGAUCAUCGGGAAAAUGUUGGAGGACAAAGCAACCUGGAACGCGGUAACGACGUACAUGACCGUAGUAAUGAACAGAAAGGAAAUUGAGGAUAGAAACUCUCAGGGAUAG